AUGGCUGACCUGACUGUGUUGAAAGUCGUAGUGGUCGUAUUCCUCAGUGUUGCGAUCUACAACUUCCUCGAGCUCAACGUCCAAAUCUUUACCACUUUCAAACGGCGAAGCGGUCUCUACUUCUGGAGCUUCACGAUCUCAACAUGGGGCGUCCUCUUCAACGCCAUCGGAUACCUCCUCCUACAUCUCGAAAUCACUACGGAGGGAAACCUCUACGCAACAUUCAUUUUGAUAGGAUGGUGCUCCAUGAUCACUGGCCAAUCAGUCGUUCUAUACUCUCGACUGCAUAUCGUGAUGCACAACCGAAAGCGGCUGCGGGCCGUUUUGGUCAUGAUCAUCACCAAUGCCAUAUGGCUCCAUAUACCCAUCAUCGUCGUGGUCUACGGUACCAACUCAAACAAUCCCAAGCCAUUUGAGCACAUCUAUCCGGUCUACGAGAAAAUCCAAUUGACUGUCUUCGUGGUUCAAGAACUGAUAAUCUCUGGCCUCUAUGUCUACCAGACUGUCAACCUCCUCAAACUCGAGCGGACUAUUGGCAACAAUGGUACGAAAGGUCUGCUCCACCACCUGAUUUAUGUCAACAUCCUAGUAAUGCUGCUCGACUUCAGCAUAGUCGGCCUUGAAUUCGCGAACCUUUUCGAGGUUCAGACCUCCUGGAAACCCCUUGUCUACAGCGUCAAGCUCAAGCUCGAAUUCAGCAUCCUCAAUCGCCUGGUCGAGUUGACCAGAAGCGCCAGAAGUGGCGACUCCCGCUCCUACAGCAAUGCAGCUCGAUCUGGAGGCCUGGCGCUGGGCACCAUGAAAAGUAACGGCACAACCCUUCAACGGUCGGUAGCGCGAGGCGCAGACCAAACCGGUGAAUGGGAGGUACACGUUGGAGGGGGUAAAGGUAAUAACACUGCACUUCCUGCCACAGUCGUCAAGACCACCGAAGUGAAGAUCCAGAGUCAUAGCCGCCGGAGAAGUGACGCGAGCUUAGCCGAGAGCAAAACAGAAAUCCUACCAGAAGCGGCAGCUCACGAUACGCAGGAGAUAGAAAGAGGGAGUGCAUCGUCAGUUUCAUCGGAUGUUGGAUACGGAAAGUACGCCAAUCCGUCCUGGCGGUAA